AUGAGUACUAGCAACAGUGAAACAAAUACAAAUAAUCAUCCUGAUGCCGCAAAUAGUUUUAAUUAUAGUGGAAAAGAUGUUGAUCUUGAUGGUCAAACACAUGUUCAACAAAAACAUAUUGAACAAGAGGUAGUAAAUUUUUGCUACGUAUGUUUUGUUUGUAAGGAAUUGAUGAAAAAAUACAAAUAUAUACGUAAAACACGUGGAGAUGGUAAUUGUUUUUAUCGAGCAUUCGGCUUCGGUUAUCUUGAGCAAAAUUUAAAAAAUGAACUAGAAUUGGACCGAUUUCGUAAAUUAGUUGCUGAUUUAAAAGAUAAACUAGUUCAAUUGGGUUAUCAAGAGUUUACAGUCGAAGACGUUCGUGAUGUGGUUCUUGAAACAAUUGAUAAAAUCUGUCAAGGUGGUGAUAUACCAAAUCUAAUGAAAAUAUUUUGUACCCAAGAAUAUUCUGAUUAUUUUGUAGCAUAUUUACGUUUAUUUACAUCGGCUUAUUUACAGAUGAAUGCGGAAUUUUUUCAAAGCUUUUUGGAUGAACCUUCAAAGACUAUAAAAGAAUUUUGUUGUACGGAAGUUGAACCAAUGGCACGUGAAUCGGAUAAUAUUCAUAUAAUUGCAUUAGCGAAAGCUGUUCAAGUGUCAUUACGUGUAAUCUAUAUGGAUCAUAGUGAAACAUCACAGUUGACCAUACAUGACUUCGCUCAUACUGACAAUGAACAAAUGUUUCAUCCAACAAUUACAUUUCUUUAUAGACCUGGACAUUAUGAUUUAUUAUAUGAAAAUUAA